AUGGCCCGAAGUGGGUCCGGGUCAGUUUCAGAAAACUCAUCCAUGGCCAAAGACAAUAGGGGAAGUGGCUUGUUUCCUAAUGUAAGGUCUACAAAUUUGAAUCCCUUGGACGAAGAGGAAAGAGAUCUUGCUAGCGAGGGUGAUGGGAAUACCAGUUCCAUCAAGCGAUUUAGGGAUAUAUUUUUUAAUGGUCUGACGUCUGUUGGUGAUGAUUUCGAGGAAUAUGAUUUAGCCAGUGAUGUAAAGACUACAUCUCUGACAUGGAGCAGUAAUUGGAAUGAGAUGUCUACUUCUGCUGACUCGUAUUCUCUAGACUCUUCAAUAUUGAAUGCGAUGAUGAAUUCAGAAACUCAUUUUGAUGGUCAGGAACGCUUAAAGUAUUUGAAAACUUAUGAAAGUUUAGGGAAGGCGAAACUUGCAAGAAACGAAACGAACGAGAGCAAUAACGAAUCUGUCUUCGGGUUGUCUGCGCUUGAAGAUUUUGAUAGAUAUAAUAGACAGACCGAAUUAAAUGAUUACAUUUACUCAAGAAUGAGUAAGAACAUGUUGGAUAAAAACUUGUUAACAGUUGUUAAUCCUAGUGACCUAGCGGAGAAGUAUGAUAUAAAUAAUAAUUUCGAAGAUGAGAAGGUCAAGUCAUCAAAACGAAGAUAUCCUUGGCAUCUUAUUGAAAGAAACAAAAAUGCGAUGAGUUCGAGUAAAAGUGAGAUAGUUACAGACGUCAAAUUUAAUAAUGAUACCGCUUCUUCGGACUCUGAAAGGUUACCGAGGACUUUGCAGCGGAAGCUUAAAGUACGACAUUUACAAAUGAUUUCAUUUGGAGGAACUUUAGGAGUUGGAUUAUUUCUAAACACUGGCAAAGCAAUCACAAUUGCUGGAGGAUUGGGUUGCUUGUUAGCAUUCGUAGUUUGUGGGAUAAUUGUUUUAGCUACAUUAUUUUCCUUUUGUGAGAUGGUAACGUUUGUAUCGGUGAUAGAUGGGGUAUCAGGGUUGUGUUCUCGAUUUGUGGAUGAGGCAUUCGGGUUUGCAAUUGGCUGGCUGUAUUUUUUAAGUUUUGCAUUAGGGAUUGCAGGUGAAAUCGUGGCGAGUGUUAUAAUGUUGAGCUAUUAUCCAGAUUUGAAAGUUCUAGAAAACAAGGGAUCUUCUGCUGGAUUUGUGACGUUAUUCUUGAUCUUAAUAAUAGGAAGUAAUUUGCUAGAUGUCAGAGUUUUUGGAGAGAUUGAAUAUAUUUCAAGUCUUAUCAAGCUACUAUGGGCAUUAGCGAUGAUCAUAAUUAUGAUCGUUUUAAACAGAGGAGGCUUUCAAAAUGAGACAUUAGGAUUCAAAUAUUGGGAGAAUCUGAAGUCAGAUUUUACCCAUAAUUUGAUAUUUGGGUUAUUCAGACCAUCUUUUAAUUUACAUGAUAAUGGAAUGAACUCCUCGGAGGAAGGCAUCGGUGGAAACAAAGGAAGAUUUAUGUCGUUCCUCGUUGCUUUAAUGAUUACUUCCUAUGCUUAUAGUGGAACUGAGAUUGUUUGCAUAGCUGCAUGUGAGGCUAAGAAUCCGAGAAAGGCUCUUCCAUCUGCGACUAAAAGAGUUUUUUGGAGGGUGUUGAUAUUUUAUUGUCUUUCAGCUUUCGUCGUUUCAUUAAAUAUUUACGCUGGUGAUCCCAGAUUGUUACGUUACUACCUGGGAGAUACAGGUAUUGAUUCAAGCGAAUUCAGCGGGAAUUACGCAAUAAAGUACGUUGGAGGAGUGAAUUGCAAAAUUCCUUCAGAAGUUUUUGCGGGGGUAGGGAACGGGGCACAGAGCCCCUGGAUUGUUGCGCUCCAAAGUGCUAGUCUAUGUGGGUUCAGUGAUGUUGUAAAUGGCUUACUUAUAUUUUUUGCUGUAACAUGUGGAAAUGCUCAAUUAUAUGUCAGUUCGAGAACUGCGUACUCAUUGGCAUUGCAGGCUAAGGCUCCUAAAUUCUUGACUUAUUGUACGUCGUAUGGAGUGCCCUAUUGUGCGGUUCUUUUUUCUGGAAGCUUUGGUUUGAUAUCUUAUAUUUGCGUUUCAAAAGCGGCUACAUCCGUUUUUCAAAAUCUUAGCAGUGUGGUUGCAUCAUCAGGUAUAAUUCUCUGGUUUGCCAUGUGUCUUUCUUAUUUGAGAUUUUACUAUGGUUUGAAAAAGCGACCUGACAUCAUGAGUAGGAAUGAUAAAGCUUAUCCAUAUAAGUCUCCUUUCCAGCCAUAUUGCGCAUACGUUGGGCUAAUAGGCUCACUUGUCCUAUUGCUUGGUAUGGGUUAUGUCGUAUUUCUUAACGGUGAAUGGGAUACUAUGUUCUUCUUUUCGAGUUAUGGCACGAUUAUGUUUUUCGCCGUAUUAUACGUCGGCUACAGAGUAGUCAGAGGAACAGGUAUACCAAGCUUGGAGGCAUUGGACUAUGACUCAGGAAGAAGAGAGAUGGAUCGAUAUAUUUGGGAUGGAGGUAAAGAGUAUAAUUCUUCUAGGCUUCGGGAUAUGUCACAUAAAGUUUUCUCUUUCUUAGCCUAA